UCUAUCGUGGCGGCCAAGACUCCGAAGGCCGAGCCUGUUGUGCCAUUUUCGCAGCGGUUGCAGCAGAUUGAGGCGAAAGUGCACAAGCUCGAGAAGCGUCCUGAAGCAGAAUACCAUACGUACCAGAAGUGGGUCGGCAGCUUGGAGGACCAAGCUAAGCUCGUGGCCGACUUGCGUGCCGAGCUGCAGAUCGAGCCCGAGCUUUUCCAGCCUACGUUGGCUGAAGUUCGACCUGCUGGGUCUCCUGUUGUUCAGCAGCCGAAGGUCGAAUUGCGAGCUCUCGUGGAUGAUUAUUUUGAUCUAUCCGAUCGGCUCGAUUUGUCCACACUCCUGGGCAACAGCGAAGACCAUGAACUCAACCCCGAUGAAGAACGUGAAUUUACCAAGAGGCACGCUGCAUUGGCUGAUCAUUUCAAGCGGAGUGCGAAGGAGCUGUUCGGUGAUGCUCUGGACAAG